AUGGACGUUCCGCCAUAUCCCGGCAUUCCUUCCGGACCAUCCCACUCCUCCUGUUCCUCCUUUGAAACUUCAACUCUUCACUCUCCAACCACGACCAGCACGACCACCGCCUCCUCCACCUCCCAACACCAACACCAGGAACCCUCUAUAUCAUCCCUAGAUGAUAUCUUCGACACGUCACUUCCCAUCUUCGGAGAAGCCUCAGUCCAAGGCAAGCGCACCAAUAUAUCAGAUAGCGAACCAUCAGACCUCCCAUCCUUGCGCCGCCAGCAUGUCACGGCUGGCUACCGAGAUGGCAUUACCGUGGCGAAGAGCGAACAUGUCCAGCGCGGGUUUGAUGCAGGAUUCCCUGUUGGUGCCGAGCUGGGGUUGCGGGUUGGAACUGUGUUGGGUGUUCUUGAGGGGAUGGCAAAAGUGACCGCUGCUGCAGGUCGCGGUGCUCGUGUCGGCGGUCGUAGUACAGAUGUCGGCAGGAAUAUUAAGGAGAAUAGACCCUCUCGGGAAGGAGGAGAAGAUAUGCAAGUCUUAUUCGAGACAGCGAAGAAGGAGUUAACCUUACAAAACAUAUUUGGUGCUGUUGCGACUGACGUUGCAGUGGAAGCGGAGCAGACGGGUGAUGGCGGGCGUCAAUUGGAAGACCCGUGCUUGAAGCUGAGGAGGGCCGGGGAAGAUAUUGUGGCCGAGUGGGAAGGGAGAGUUAGAGAAUUGUUGGCUGAGAGCAUUUGA